CUCUUCCAAGAGUCGAGAGUCGUGUGACGAAGUGCUGUAUGAAGAGCCAUUUUGUGUGAAGGUGCGAUUGAUAUUUGAAAUUCACACGCCGGACAUGUCAAGUAUCAAAGCCGAUACUCAAGUGGAGAGGCGUCUCUAGGCGUCAUACUUUCAACCCCGGGGGCGAGUUGGCGUGGAGUUUUUACCCCAUCAAUUAUGGAUCCCAUGAACUCGGCCUUUCAUAAGCGUCGCCGACGCCCCCAGCCAUUGGAACUUGGAUUUAUGAUCUCAUGACAAAACGACUAUUCCGCCGGCUUCCUAAUGUUGGUAUAAGCGUAAGGAGACGUUCCAAGCAUUCCUUACAACUCAAUUCAAGCCGAUAGUAGAUACAAGGCCAUGUCUUCUCUCCCUUUCUCCUGUGCUAUUGUGACCGGCGGUGGGGGAGGCUUGGGUAAAGCAAUGUCAGAGUUCUUAUUGAGAGAAGGAAAAAAGGUCAUUUUAGCAGGGCGGACAGAGAGCAAUCUACGCCAAACAGCCCAAGAGAUUGGCGCCACAGAUUACUUUGUCCUCGAUACUGGAAAGAUCGAACAAAUCCCUUCAUUCAUCGACACCGUUAUUGCCAAGUAUCCGGAGGUCGACUGCUUGAUCAAUAAUGCCGGCGUCCAACGGCCACUGCACGUCUUGCAGGAUGAACCCGCCGACUUCCUGCUGAAAGCCGACCAAGAAAUCGACAUCAAUGUUCGAGGACCUAUGCACCUGGCGCUGGGCCUCCUGGAGCACUUUAAGAACAAGCCGCAGGGUGCCACAAUCAUCAAUGUCUCAUCGAUCCUCGCUUUCGUUCCCUUCUCCGUGAUCAAUCCGGUGUACAAUGGCACGAAAGCCUGGCUGCACUUUUGGUCCAUGGCUCUUCGGUCACAGCUAUCCCGGGGGGGCUACGAGAAGAUCAAGAUCGUCGAAGUUGCUCCUCCGUCGGUCGCAACUAAUUUGCAUCGCGAUCUCGAUGAUCCCGAUGAUAACAAGAAGCAUAAGAAUCCGAAUGUUCUGUCCGUGGAGGAGUUUUUGGACUUGUUCGUUUCCGGUCUUAAGCGUGGAGAUACUAUGAUCGCCCCUGGGAUGAGCAAGGGGAUUGUCGACAAGUGGUACUCUGAAUUUGGACCUUUGUACGAGAGUUUAUCUGGUGGACGUUGA